AUGCGGUCUUCUCAAGUCAAUUUCGCUCUCAUAUUCACCGCUUUCAUUCGACACGCCGCCGGAGCUGCUGUAGCGUCGAGUGCACCUAUCGUGGCCCUUCAGUAUGGCUCGUUCCAAGGGGUUACUACGGGCAAUGUCGCGUCAUUCCUAGGCAUGCCAUAUGCACAGGCACCUGUAGGUGAUCUACGAUUCGCGCCGCCUCAGCCACCACAAGCAUUCGAGGGCCUAUACAAUGCGACAGCUUAUGGAGCAGCCUGUUUUCAGCAAGCGAACACCGCCCCAGCGAUCGACUCAACGCUCCCGUUCAACCUUUCCAGCGGGUCGACACUGACCAACCAAUCCGAAAACUGUCUAUUCGUCAAUGUCCUCAAGCCAGCAAGUGCAGUACCAGGCGACGAUAUUCCCGUGUUAUUCUGGAUAUAUGGCGGUGGUUUCGAACAAGGUGACUCUUCGGGCAACCCCGGCAACGAAAUUGUCGAGCGCUCGCUUGUCCUCAAUGAACCUAUUAUCUUCGUCUCCGUCAACUAUCGGCUCAAUGCGUUUGGAUUCCUGGCCAGCGAGGAAGUCGCCCAGGCCGGACUGACGAACAUCGGGCUACGCGAUCAACGCUUUGGGAUGCAAUGGGUGAACCAGUACAUCUCCGCGUUUGGUGGCGACCCCAGCAAGGUCACAAUAUGGGGCGAAAGUGCCGGUGCUUUUUCGGUUGGCUUUCAACUUGUCCUCGACAACGGCGAUCCACAGGGACUCUUCCGUGCAGCAGUGAUGGAAAGUGGUUCACCCUAUGCCCUACGUAAUGUCUCCGCGGGCCAGCCGUAUUAUGACCUCCUGGUCGACUAUACGGGAUGCACGGGCCAGUCGGACACCCUCGCGUGUCUGCGUGAGGCGCCUGCAGAGCAGAUCCUGGCUGCCGUCAAUAUGACUCCAAACAGCCGCGACUACACCGAACACAACCUCGCUUGGCAGCCUCGUCUCGAUGGAGAUCUUUUCAUUCAGAAUCCUCAGCGGUCCGUGUUGAUGGGGCAAUAUGCGAAGGUCCCCAUCAUCUCGGGCGACUGCGAUGACGAGGGUACAUUGUUUUCGUUGGGAAACAUCAACGUCACGACUGAUGAAGAAUUUCUGACCUAUAUCAAUAUCGAAUACCUGCCGGAUGCUUCUCCCAUUGAGAUGCUCGCGGUAGGAGCAGCAUACCCCGAAGACCCGAGUCUCGGUUCUCCGUUUGACACUGGGGAUGCGAACCAAUUGACGCCUCAAUUCAAGCGUAUCGCGGCUUUCACCGGAGACUGGCAGUUUGAGUCGCCUCGCAGAUUGGUUCUUGAGACGAUGUCGCGCACACAAGAUGCGUGGGCAUACCUGUAUAGGCGUGGCAAGUCAACACCCUACUUAGGGGCUUACCACUCCUCGGAUCUCUCAGAUUUCUUCCGCGACGGUGAUUACAUAGGAAUGGAUGCAAUAAUCAACUUCGCGACGAACCUCGACCCGAACGCGGCUCCAGGCCUAGCACCUAAUGUCAGCUAUCUUUCUGGAGUCAACUGGGAACAGUGGGCAUCCGAUCCUGUUGCGCCACCACUUCUUACUUUCCAGGAUCCUGCCCCAGCCAUCAACUUCACCACGGACACGUUCCGUGACGGGCCCACGACGCUCCUCGCCACUCUAGCUCUCCAGAUGCCCUGA